AAUAAAAAAAAAAAAAAUGGGAAAACUAACUGGCUCACCAACUUUAUCCGCGUAUCCGCUGGAGAGAUAAGGAACAACAGCGAUGGACCCUCUUGUUUUCUCCCUGGGUCGGUUUUUUCUCUGACAAUGCCGAGGGAGGGAGAUAAAAUCCCGAUUUUCUCGGAGUUCCAUUGAAAGUAAAGUUUUUGCUCAUGGAGAAAGGAGCGAGAAGAAGUCGGGAGUCAUGAGCACAGGUGUAAAGAAGCCUCCAUUAGCUCCCAAACCAAAACUCCCCGUUUCAACCAAACCUCCCAUUGCCCCGAAGCCAUGUCCUCUCUCCCAGCCCUCCCCUUCUGUCCCUAAGAGGCCAAAGCCAGCUGUUGCUCCUAAACCAUGCCUACCCAGAUCCUCGGGCUCCUCAUCGCCACCUGUUUCCCCCCCGUCGCUCAAACCAGCCGAACCCACCAGUUUGGCUCUGGAUGAGAACCUCUUCCACCUCAACUCUAAGAAUGGGAUUUUAUCUGAGACAGAGAGUCGUGAGUCGGAUUAUAUCAUCUCCACCUGCUCCUGCUCCGCUGGGGAGUGUCACCCUCAGGAAAACGGAGACACAAAUGGAUCUGCAGCAGAUUUCGACAAAGAGCCGCUGCAGAACGGGGUCACCAUCGGCAAAAGCACAGAAGAGGAAGAGGAGACCCAUGAGAAAGGUCCAGCGGACUAUAAGAGUGAAAGAAUUAGCAAAAAGCCAAAGGAUAAACCUCAGAGACAGAGACAUCUUGAUAGGGGUUUAGUGAACAAAGAGAGGACUGAGGAGGAUUCAGGCGUGCCGACUGAGGCCCAAACAGCAGAGCAGACAGCAGCCUGUGAUGUUGCAGGCAACAUCCUGACAAGCAUCCAUCCACUGGAGUCUUCUCAAGCAGAAGAACAGACGUUUCCCAUCAGCACCCAGCCCAAUCUACCAGUCCCCGCCGCUCCCAGUAAGCCUCUCCCAGUGCCUCACCCACGGAAGUUCAAAAAGCCGGCUCUGGUGAGGCAGGACGGCGUGGAGGGUCAGGAUCAGGCGGUGCUGGUGGAGGAGCAGAAGAAUGAGACCGAGCUGCAGCAAGCAGACGACUCUGAGACCCAGACAGACUCGUGUUUGGUAGAUUUAGAGAUGGACGUUCCCGUCCCGCCUCCAAGACAAACCUCCCUCUCUCCAAGUCUGCACAGAACUGUCCGCUGUUUGCUCAACAAAAACACCUCCCACUCCUUAGACCUGCUGUCCCGCCCCGACUCCGAGGGUCACGGUAAGGAGGCUCAACAGGAGAAUGAGGAGGAGGACGGGUACGGCGACUUCGAGCGGUACCCGAUCUCCCACACCCUCCCCAAACAGCUCAAACUGGGCUGUCACCGGAAAGCCCUCUCCGCCGAGGAUCAGCAGUCGCCCCGGGCACCACCAAGGAAACCUCAGAGACACAGCCUGCCAGCCACACCGCCACCCUCUGUCUGCCCUCCUGCGCCCCCGCAUGCCAGCACUCCCAUGAGGGAUCUGCCGCCGCCUCCUCAGGAGAGAACCGCCUGGCGCUUCUCGCGACCCUACGUCACUUUCUUCAGCCGUCAGAUUCCCACCAGGAGCAGCGUGCCGCCCAAAAGCCGAGCACCAGCGCUGGGGGGCAAGCAGAGGGCGCAGUCCUUCUCCGCAGCCGACCUGGCAACCCGGGCCGGCUCGUCCCAAAAGAGGAGCCUCUCUUUACGCAAGCUGCUGGAGCUGCGGCUGAAUGUGAAGAUGCUGCCAAAGCUGCUGGCCAAAGGGGGGCAGUCCCUGGACUGCACCAGCACGGACAAAAGCCUGGGGCGGCCCAGCAGCUGCAUCGAGGACCCUGAUAUCCACAGGGAGGAUGUGGAGUAUGAGAACGUGCCGCUGUACGAGGAGAUCCCGGAGUAUAUGAACCUGCCGUUCCACGGAGCAAGGCUGGGCUGGCCGCACGACCCUGACGGAGGCGACGCCAACAUCUACGAGGUGCAGGACCCCUUCCACAGAUGCAGCGAGCAUGAAUACGAGAGCGACUGGCUGAAGGACGAUGUCCACUCUGAGGAGGACGAGAUGCACAGUUCAGACGAAGAGGACAACAGCUCCACCUCCAGCAAGGAGCACCUGGACGAGGCAGACAGACAGCAGGAGGAUGAGAUGAAGAGGAAGAAGGUGGUGCACAUCGCCCAGGAAAUCAUGAGCUCAGAGAAAGUGUUUGUGGACGUCCUAAAGCUUCUACACAUAGACUUUCGGGAUGCUGUUGCUAAGGCAACGCGUCAGAACGGGAAGCCAGUGGUGGGCGAGCGGAUCCUGAGUCAGAUUCUGUACUACCUGCCGCAGCUGUACCAGCUAAACAAAGACCUGCUGCGAGAGCUGGAGGACAGGGUGGCACACUGGAGCGACCACCAGAGAUUAUCGGACAUUUUUGUCCAGAAAGGUCCCUAUCUGAAGAUGUAUUCCACCUACAUCCGCCAGUUUGACAACAAUGUAGCCCUGCUGGACGAGCAGUGCAGGAAGAACCCUGCAUUAGCAGCUGUCGUCAGGGAAUUUGAGAUGAGUCCACGAUGCGCCAACCUGGCUCUGAAACACUAUCUUCUGAAACCAGUGCAGAGGAUCCCUCAGUACCAGCUGCUGCUCACAGAUUAUCUGAAGAACCUCCCUGAAGACUCUGAGGACUAUAAAGACACACAAACUGCACUCAGCGUCGUGAAGGAAGUGGCCAAUCAUGCGAAUGACAUCAUGAAACAAGGGGAUAAUUUUCAGAAGCUGAUGCAGAUUCAGUACAGCCUCAACGGCCAGCAUGAGAUCGUUCAGCCAGGCAGGGUGUUCCUGAAGGAGGGGACGCUCAUGAAGCUGUCCAGGAAAGUCAUGCAGCCGAGAAUGUUUUUUCUGUUUAAUGAUGCACUCAUGUACACCACUCCGGUCCAGUCUGCCCAGUAUAAACUCAACAGUGUUCUGUCGCUGGCUGGAAUGAAGGUCAGCAAGCCGAGCCAGGAGGCCUAUCAGAACGAGCUGAACAUCGAAAGCGUUGAGCGCUCCUUCAUCCUGUCUGCCAGCUCGGCUAAAGAGAGAGACGAGUGGCUGGAGGCCAUCGGGAAGGCCAUUGAAGAUUACACGAAGAAGAAAAUAACCUUCAUAUCCAGUCGCAGUCAGGAAGAGUGUCUGUCCAUGCAGGCAGAAUGUGUCGUUGACAGCGGCGCCCCCCUAGGUUCAAAAGCUCCAAUCUGGAUCCCAGACCUCAGGGCCACUAUGUGCAUGAUCUGCACCUGUGAGUUCACCCUUACAUGGAGGAGGCAUCACUGCCGGGCCUGCGGAAAGGUGGUGUGUCAGGCCUGCUCCACCAAUAAGUACUACCUGGAGUACUUGAAGAACCAACCGGCUCGCGUGUGCGACCACUGCUUCGCCAAGCUUCAGGAAAACAGCGACCGCUGUGCUUCGUCAUCAACAUCUCCCAUUAAAUCUGGAGCAUUUUCCUUCACUAGAAAACAGAAGAAGAUUCCAGCUGCGCUAAAGGAGGUGUCAGCCAACACUGAAAACUCCUCCAUGAGCGGCUACUUGCACCGAUCCAAAGGCAACAAGAAACAGUGGAAGAGGCUGUGGUUUGUCAUAAAGAACAAAGUUCUGUACACCUACGCUGCUAGUGAGGACGUGGCGGCGCUGGAGAGCCAACCGCUGCUGGGAUUCUUCCUGAGGGAGGAGAAGAACGGGCCGGCUCAGAAGCUGCAGUUCAAGCUGUAUCACAAAAACACGCUGUUCUACAUCUUUAAGGCUGACGACAUUCCCACAGCGCAGAGAUGGAUCGAAGCCUUCCAAGAGGCGAUGAUUCUGGAGCAGUAGAUACUCAGAUCCAUCCAGACGGAUUACAAACCGCACACGGAAACCUUUCAAACAAAAAGCCAGCCUCUUGACGCUCGGCCGUGCGGACUCGGGUCGGGUUCGGAGCGAGUUGCGGCUGCAGGUCAACAGUCAAGUCCAGAAGCACGUGUGAGGAAGUUUAACCAAAGUGUGCGGAGAAAUUUUCAGAAGUCUAAAGUCUGGGAAUGAAUUUCAAAAUGCUUUCAGAUGAAGGAAUCACGACAAGCACUCACUGACAAAAACAAAGCUGAGCACUCAGAUGGAGAUUAGAUUAAAGCAGGAGGUGCAAAGGUGAAAGGUCAUCCAACUGAGACCAUGUGGAAAACUGAGAAACUGGACACAAUAGGAAACGGUCAGUAACAGCAAAGGCAGCUAAAAUGACAUAAAUAUAUUUAAAAAAUAGAAAAAGUAAAAUAUCCAAAAUCGCCUAUAACAACAGUCGCAGCCUGUGGCACAAUGGCUCUUCAUAACUUUGGUUAAAAAAGGAACCAGUUCCUGUUUUUAAAUGGUUUUAUUUCUAUUUAAUGUUUGUUUUACCAGAAUAAAAAACACACUGAAAUUAAAAACCUCUUUUUAAAGGGAGUCCUGGCCAAGAAGCAGCAACAAAUGCAACACAAAAAGUUACACAGAAAAAGGAAAUGUCAAGCUAUUAGAAAAAUGUAAUAAUAAAUGGAGGUUUUCAAUUGUUUUGUAACAUUUUCCUGUAAUUUUUGCACUGAAUUUUCACAAAGAAUGACACUAAAAGUACCAGAAAUAUGUUUUGGAUCUGUUUUCCUUGUUAUUAGAUUGCAAUCAGUGUGCUUUUAAAAAUAUAUAUCGAUACUCUUUUAUAUUUAUAUUUUUAAAGAUAGAAAUAAAAUGCUGUUGUUUUUUUAAGAAAUUUCCUAAAAACUCUAAAAAGUUGUCUCUUUAUUAAAAAGUAACAUUUGCAGUUUUAAACAAGUUUUAUUCAUCUGUCCUGAGGGCAAAAUAGUUGUAAAGGUUUAUAAUGAAUUAGAAGAGGACAGAAAGAGAAGUAAAAAAUUUGAACAUAAUGGAAAAGUUAAUUUAUUUUAGUGAUUUAAUUCAAAGAGUGAAUCUUAAUUACACACUGAGAAAUGACGUUUAAAAGAUUAUUUCUGUUCAUUUUUACUGCUAUGGAUUACAGCUAAUGAAAAACUACAAUCAUGAUAUUAGUUCUGAUAAAUAAAAAAUAUUUUAGGUACAGAUUUGUUCAGGUAAUCUUACAGACAUAACCCCAUUCAAGGACGGUAAACACCAAAAAGGUAUUGCUGAAGAACCUGGCUAUUCAGAGGAAAGUUAAGUGGAAGAAAAAAAGUGUAGUACUAACAUACACCCUUUGGGAUACACUUGAUAGGACUGUGAAGCAAAGUUUAUUCUAGAGACAAUGUCAGAAAAGUCAGGUUGAUUGCUGAUCGCCACCUUACAUUGAUGAAGUAAUUUAUGCAAAAGGAGCCCCAACCAAGUAUAGAGUGCAUACUGUACAGGACAUGGGUACAUGUAUCGAUAGACUGACUUUUCUCUUUUAAAAAGUGUUUAUUUGUUUGAUCUAUGAUUCAGAUUUUUGUAGAAACUAAAUUUUGAGGCGGUUUCCUGGUAAAUUGUUGUGGUUUAUUGUGGACCUAAUCAGUGGAUAUCAACUACAGCUUGUAAAAAUCUCCAUUUAUCUCAAUAAAAACUCGGUUGACAUGUAGAUGGAAGGUGCAAACACAGCAGAAUGUUUCUGUUUUAUACACUCUGCUACUCCGAAUCAAUAUUUAAAGACAUGGUUGAUUUUGGAAAUGAACUUUUCUUCCAUCUGUUUGUUUAGCAGACAGAAGUUUGCCCUCUGGUGGCCGUUCUAGACAUGGCGCUCCAUUGGAAAUUAUGUCCAAAUACACAUCUGGGUGCUAAGCUGUUGUUUUUCAAUAUGCAGGUUGUGAUAUAUUUUUAUCCCCCGUUUGCUGCACAGUAGUUACAUGAAGCAAUUUUGCCUGGAUAAUGUAAGCAGAUUUUAAGGAACAAGUUGGGAUUUUACUGUUAAACUCCAGCUUUAACACUAAACGUCUACGUUCAUAUUAGUGCCUAAGAGUUUAACAUAAACAGAAAUGUUUAAUAAUGCUGGAUAAAACUGGAAAUAUCAAAUUUUUUAUGGAGAUAUUUUUCUUGUUUCUCCUGUUUAGCCAAACCAGAACGUUUAAAAGUUUUUACUGUGUAUAAGGACAUAAACGAGCAAUGCUGACCUUUUUCUUCCGUUUUGUUUUAAAGGUCGAGAGCUAAUAUUUAUAAACUAGGAACAUUUAUUGUCUGAAAAGCGCAGGCUGCCACUUAUUUUCAGAUUCAGAGUUUUUUAGAAGAGGAUCAAAAUCCUUUUUUUCUCUUUUUUAUCCUAUUUUUGCACGUAAACACUGUGGGAAGAAUGCGUGAACUAUGUUUCUUUUAAAUGGAUGCUCAGAUGCAAAGACUUUAAGGAGUGAAUAUUUCAUUUUACAGACACUGUGGCUUUUCCCUCCUGUUUUAAAAAUAAUAAGAAUAAAAAAAAUUGUUUUUUAAAUUUAUUUGGCAUCCAUUUUUAUGUGUGCUUUAUGUCUUGCCAGGUCACCCACCAGUUUGUAGUUUAAAAACAGCAUUUCAUCAGUUUUAUAACAGAUUUCUGAUGACAAAUGUGUUGAAAAAUCCCUACAUCUUCUUUUUAUUUUGUUAAAUGUGUCUUUAGUUCUGUUUGGUUUGUGUAGAGUCAAUAAAAUUUAGUUUAGUUAAAAGAUAAAUAAAUCUGCUGCAGCCUGUUAAGAGAAUCAAGUUCUGAAGCGUUCCUCUGUGACUGUACUUUAACAUUUUGUAAACAGUUUGUCUCUUAUGAGCAGCAUUUCUAAACUGUCAGGCAACAGUUUUUUAAUAAAGUGUGAAUAAAUAUA